AUGGUGUUGGUUGACUACUACUCUAACUUCAUCGAGGUCAACAAACUUGCCAGCACCAAGUCUUCAGCAGUAAUUACUUGCUGCAAGCAACAGUUCUCACGAUAUGGGAUCCCUGAUGAGCUCAUUACCGAUAAUGGCCCCCAAUUUACAUCUGCAGAGUUCAGGCAGUUCACCAAGGACUAUGGCAUAAAACACACAACGUCAUCACCGCUGUACCCCCAGUCCAAUGGCAGAGCAGAAAAAGCAGUUCAGACAGCAAAAAAUCUCAUCAAAAAAGCAAAGGUGGAUAAAGCUGAUCCACAUCUUGCACUUCUGGACUACAGAAACACACCACGUGAUGGGCUCCCCUCUCCAGCACAAUUAUUCCUUGGUCGCAGAACACAAACCCAACUCCCUACCUCUGCAAAACUACUGGAACCGCACACGUUUACUGGAAUACCACAACAGCUGCACAAGCACCAGAUGAAGCAGAAAUACUACUACGACCAGAGCUCCAAGCCACUCCCUCAGCUGAGUCCAGGAGACAAAGUUCACGUGCGGGAGGAGAAAACAUGGAAACCAGUAGUAGUCUCCAGCAACGCGGAUGCACCUCGGUCCUAUAUUGUCACCAAACCAAAUGGACACACAUAUCGCAGAAACAGGAGAGAUCUCAGCAAAUCCUACCGCCAUGACCAGCCGGACAACACAGCGAACUCUGGCCAACCUCUGAAUUCCAACAAUGACAAUCAAGGGCAAAUACAAACUGCCUCAUCCCCCACAACCACUCGAUAUGGACGAACUAUCAAAUUGCCAUCUUACUUGGAACACUUUGUUGCCUUAACCAAACAAAGCACUAAUGCCAGUCACUUGUAA